GAUCUAGAAGCUAUCCCUAGCAAACUGGUAAAUUUCCAACUGCUACAAAAAUACUACCUGUACCAUGCCAAUAGUUGGAACCGUUCAUCUGUACGCAUUCAACAAAGUGGCAUUUGAGUUCAAUGGACACAAUCCCUCGCAUUCCGCCAAAAACGUCCUUCUCUUUAUCGGUGGCCUCACCAACGGUUUAUUAGGGGUGCAUUACCUUCCUAAACUUGCAGAAAAAGUCAACACCGUUGACCAUGAUGGUGACUGGGUAUUAGUUCAAGGGAUUUUGUCGUCCGCCUGGAGCGGAUGGGGCCAGAGCUCGUUGAAAACAGAUAACGAAGAAAUCGGUCAAAUUGUAUCAUAUUUGAGAUCUGAAAACGGCGGGAACAGACAAAAGAUCGUGUUAAUGGGCCAUUCCACCGGGUGUCAGGACACUUUACGGUACUUGUGUGACUUUUCUUACAGUAAGGAGUUUGACGAGUCGAUGGAAAUAGAUGGAGGUAUUCUUCAGGCUCCGGUAUCUGAUAGAGAAGCCAUACAAGAAUGGUAUGGUUCCGAGUACCUUGAAAAAUUGGUGAAGGAGUGUUAUGACGAGUACAUUUCCAAAGGGUUGCAAGAACAGACUUUACCAGUGAAGUUCAGCAAGGUCGCGUUCGACACUCCCAUCACUGCUUAUAGGUUCUACUCGUUAUACCUGAGGUAUGGAGAUGAUGAUUUCUUCUCCUCGUACAUCGACGAUGAAGGGUUUGCAAAGACUUUUGGCAAGGUGAAAAAGCCCUUGUUGGCAUUAUAUGGGUCCAAAGAUCCAUGUGCACCCAAGGAUCUCGACAUACAAGCUUUGGUGUCUCGGUGGCAGAAGGUAACGAAUCCAAAGGUUUGGAGUCCUUUAAGCAAAGUGUUGGUGGGGGCAAACCAUGAGGUGGAAGAUCCAGAUGCAUGUUUAGAAUUGAUAGAGACGGUGUCCAAGUUCAUUAGUUCUUUGUGAAAAUACUUAGUACGUCUACAAUUACUGUCUGGGUCAAAAUCUCUUAUUCCAAUCACCUUAUGUUGAAAAUAUACCGUCUGAUUAUUUAAUAUACAACGACACUAGUAUCCAAUAUAUGAUAUACUCUAUCACGAGUCUUGAUCGUCCAGGAACUUCUUUAUUGUCUCGAUCAAUCCCGUGUAGUACUCAUUUAGACUUAUGUCAUCUGUUAAUAAUGAAGAAUAAGACCGUUGCUGUGACUGGCCCUUGCUUCCAAAUAGCUUAGCCAAGAACCCUUUCGGUUCGUUAAUACUAAUCCCCUCAAGUUUUGAUUCUAUGUCCUCAGCAGGAUUCAAUCGGGCCAAUAAGAAUCUUGACUGUGAAUGGUUCUUCUGGGUAAUCACAUAUUUAGGUUGCAACCGUCUGUCUCCAAGGGUUUUGAUAAAUGUCAUCACCUCUUCAAUGGAAUCGUGGUUGUCGUCAAUUAAGUGCAAAUUACUGGAAUGGUGUAACCUCAAUGACAAAUCGUUCUUGUAGAUGAUAAUACUGAAAACUGAGUCCAUGACGAUGAAACAAUCUGGAGGAGCACUCAACACAUUCUGGGCAUCCAAGCUGAUUUCAGAUAUGUUCCCUUCAAAGAGCAGGUACAUCUUCGGUUUAAUCAUUGUCAACGAGAUAUCACUUUCCACAUUCAUAAACCAAUGGUGGUAGAAUGCUGUUUCAUCUGGCAGCGAAUUGAAAAUUCGGAUC